UGUUACCUUGAUUAUCAAUGGUUAUCAUCCACUGGUGUGCCUGUGUGUGUGUGUGUAAACAACACACAAUCCAAGCAACACAAACAUAUACCGACAUUUUAUUGUCGUCGUCGAUACACAACAAAAAAAAAACAACAACAACAACACUGGGUCAAUAAAAAAAAAAAAUGAAAAAAAUAAAAAUAAAUUGUCAACUUGGUUUUAGGUUGUACCAUUUCAUUUCAAACAUUCAUCAUCAUCAUUUUGGUUGUCGAAUGAAUCGGAUCUCAAUCGGAUAAUUAUUUUUUAAAUUUGGUGUUUUUGAAAACAUUUUGAAAAAAUAAUGCAUCUGUUUUUGUUUACGGUUAUAACGUUUUUUGUGAACAAUCAUCAUCAUAUGGUUGUCGAUGCACAAAUAGGCAUUGGUGGUGGUGGUUCAUAUUUUUUCGAUCCAAAUAAUCCAAUCGUCCAAACACAAUAUGGUCCAGUACUUGGUUCAAAAUUUACACCAUCACAAUCGUUUACAAAUAAUCGACCAUACACAAAUGGUUUAAGUUUUGUACAAUUUAUUGGCAUCCCAUAUGGUGCACCACCAGUUGGUGUUAAUCGUUUUCGUCCACCACAUUUUCCACCAGUAUGGACACAAACAUUGGAUUGUACUGGUACACGUAGAAUAAUGUGUCCACAAGUUUAUCAACGUUUUCCAAAUGUUGCCGCUAUACGUGAAGAUGAAGAUUGUCUUCAAUUAAACAUUUAUGUUCCAGUUGAUAAUCGUCCAAAUACCAUACCUGUACUAGUAUAUAUUCAUGGUGGUGAAUUUCGUUAUGGUGGUAAAGAUUUUUAUAAACCAGAUUUAUUAUUACAAGCUGGAAAUAAUGCAAAUAGCCAUUUCAUCAUUGUCACAAUGAAUUAUCGUCUUGGUGUUCUUGGAUUUUUAUCUACCGAUGAUAUUAAUUGUCCAGGUAAUAAUGGUAUUCGUGAUCAAACAUUAGCAUUACAAUGGAUACAUGAAAAUGUUGCCAAAUUUGGUGGAAAUCCAGCUAAUAUAACUAUUAUGGGUCAUGAUGCUGGUGGUGCAUCAGUAUCAUUUCAUCUGUUGAAUCCAGAAGCUGAUAGAUAUUUCACCAAUGCAAUAUCAAUCAGUGGUACAGUGUUUAGUCCAUGGGCAAUAAAUGAUAAUCCAUUGGCACAGGCACGUGAUUUUGCAUAUCGUUUUAGUUGUGGUUAUCGUGAAGAUCAAAUUGUUGAAUGUUUACGUUAUCAAGAUCUAGGACAAUUAAUGUCUGUGAAUGGUGAACGUGAUUGGGAACAAAAUCGUCAACCAUUUUGGUUUCGUCCUGUUGUUGAUCGUAAUGUUUCUGGUUCAGCAUUAUUACGAGAUUUCCCAUUGAAUCUAUAUCAAAAUGGACAAUUUAAUAAAAAACAAUAUCUAGUCAUUGCCACAGGACGUGAAGGUACGCUUGAAUAUUAUCUACAAGCUGGACGUAUGCCAAAAGGUACUCCGGAUUUGGAACGACAAAUUGCAUUCCUGAUUCGUCCAUAUCUUAAAUAUUAUACAAAUGAAUUGAUAAUGGCCAGUGCAUUUGAAUAUCGUUAUUUUAAUCGUACACAUCGUUCGUUAACCAUUCCACAGAAUGCGUUGAAUAAUAAUCCAUCAUUGAUACAGAAUCAAUAUACAUUGAAUAAUCAGAUAAAUACCGGUGGUUAUAGUCCAUAUUCAAUAACGGGUAAUGCAAAUGGUAAUAUUGGUUAUACCCAAUUGGAAUUGGAUCAGCUGUUUUCUGAGAUGCUCGGUGAUUUUCUUUUUGUUGGUCCAAUCGAUUAUGCUGUACGGCUUCAUUCAGCCCAAGCACGUGCAAUGAUGAUGAUUUUCGAUUAUGUUGGACAACGAUCAUUCGGUAUCAUACAGAAUAAUGUAUUACAACAACCAAGCAUCGAAACCUAUGGUUCAACACAUUUUAAUGAUCUAUUCUAUCUGAUGCCUACUGAAUAUGAUGCAUCUGGUUUAACCGGAAUUGAAUUAUCAGUAGCACAACAAUAUUGUCGAUUUAUUGGUGAAUUCAUUCUAUAUGGAUUUCCACAACAAAGUCGUUAUGUAUUAUAUACUGCUGCUGCACCAAAUUAUCAGAUACUAACACGUAAUGGACAAUUAAUAACACAAACAGCACAUAAUAAUCAACAAGGAUAUCGUACUUCAUAUGUGGAUUUUAUUAAUAAUUUUAUUUAUAAAUUACAAGAUACGGCCGUCAUAUUUCCACCAUAUUUUCCACAACAAGAAUAUAAAUCCUAUCAACAGGCAACAUGGUCAUUGCUUGGUGUAUUGAUAUUCAUAUUAAUCAUUGCCAUCAUAUUAGCGAUCAUAUUAAUCGUACGUAAACGUCGUGAACAUCAAGAGGAAAAAGAACAAUAUCGUAAUGAUCAACCACCGGUACAUGUUACAAUGCCAAAACGAUUUGAUGAUUGAUAAAUGAUAAACAAUUUUAUCCAUUUUUUAUUGUUUUUUUCAUCAUUUCCAUUCAUUC